CUCAGGGGGGCAGUGGGAGCCGCCGUCCAGAGUGCCAGGGACCGCGCGGGGCCAACCGGACCCCCGGCGGGGCGGCCGGGAAAGACCCCCCGAGACCUGUCUGCCCACCACUGCCGCCCGAGGCCCGAGGGAAUGCUGGCGGCUCUCUGGGUGGGCACCGGUGCUCCUGAGCCACGCUGGGGAGAUUGGCGCGCCCAGUCCCGGCCCAUCCCGGGCUGUCGGAAGCUGCAAGCUGAUAUCUGUCCAGAUUUCCGAGCAGCCUCCGCCCCCUCGGAGAUCGGCUUUCCUGCUUGUGGCGGCAGCUCACGAAGCACCUUGUUGGACUACCUGUCAGUGCCUGACACGCUCCCCAGGACGCCGGGCCCCCCAGAGGGCCGAGGCAUGGCACCCUGACGCCUUGGCGCAGACCAGUGUUCGGGCCGCUCCCCUGGACUUCCGAGCCCAGAGCCCAGCCUGGGGACCAGGAUGGGUCGUGAACAGGACCUGAUCCUUGCUGUCAAGAACGGAGAUGUGACUGGUGUGCAGAAACUGGUGGCUAAAGUCAAGGCUGCAAAGACAAAGCUCCUCGGCUCCACGAAGAGACUCAACGUCAACUACCAGGACGCUGAUGGAUUCUCUGCUCUGCACCAUGCCGCCUUGGGGGGCAGCCUGGAGCUCAUUGCCUUGCUGCUGGAGGCUCAGGCCACUGUGGACAUCAAGGACAGCAAUGGCAUGCGCCCGCUGCACUAUGCCGCCUGGCAGGGCCGGCUGGAGCCCGUGAGGCUGCUGCUGCGGGCCUCUGCGGCCGUCAACGCCGCGUCUCUGGACGGGCAGAUCCCGCUGCACCUGGCUGCCCAGUAUGGCCACUACGAAGUGUCAGAAAUGCUCCUCCAGCAUCAGUCCAACCCGUGCCUGGUCAACAAGGCCAAGAAGACGCCCCUGGACCUGGCCUGCGAGUUUGGGCGGCUCAAGGUGGCCCAGCUGCUACUGAACAGCCACUUAUGUGUGGCCCUGCUGGAGGGCGAGGCAAAGGACCCGUGUGAUCCCAACUACACCACACCCUUGCACUUGGCUGCCAAGAACGGCCACAGAGAGGUCAUCAGGCAGCUGCUGGGAGCUGGGAUUGAGAUCAACCGCCAGACCAAAACGGGCACGGCGCUGCACGAGGCCGCGCUGUACGGCAAGACCGAGGUGGUGCGGCUGCUCCUGGAGGGCGGGGUGGACGUGAACAUCCGGAACACGUACAACCAGACGGCCCUGGACAUCGUGAAUCAGUUCACCACCUCCCAGGCCAGCCGGGAGAUCAAGCAGCUGCUGCGGGAGGCCUCGGGGAUCCUGAAGGUUCGAGCGCUCAAGGACUUUUGGAACCUCCACGAUCCCACGGCCCUCAAUGUCCGGGCCGGGGACGUCAUUACGGUGCUUGAGCAGCACCCUGAUGGCCGCUGGAAGGGCCACAUCCACGAGAGCCAGAGGGGCACGGACCGUGUGGGCUACUUCCCCCCUGGCAUUGUCGAGGUGGUCAGCAAGCGGGUGGGCAUCCUUGCGCCCCGCCUCCCCUCUGCACCCACACCCCUGCGCCCGAACUUUUCUCGGACACCGCAGCCCCCUGCUGACGACUCCCUGCACCCUCUCACCUAUGGCCAGCUCCCUCGGGUGGGCCUCAGCCCAGACAGCCCAGCAGGUGACAGGAAUAGCGUGGGUAGUGAGGGCAGUGUGGGCAGUAUCCGCAGUGCUGGCAGCGGGCAGAGUUCCGAGGGCACCAACGGCCAUGGCCCUGGGCUCCUGAUCGAGAACGCCCAGCCGCUUCCCUCUGCCGGAGAGGACCCGGGGCUGCCGGGACUGCACCCCCCAUCCCUGGCAGGCAGCCUGAGCCACCGCCCUCUGGCCAACUGUCACUCUGGGGAGCAGCUCUUCACCCAGGACGUGAGGCCGGAGCAGCUGCUGGAGGGGAAGGACGCCCAGGCCAUUUAUAACUGGCUCAGUGAGUUCCAGCUGGAGGGCUACACCGCCCACUUCCUGCAGGCCGGCUACGACGUGCCAACCAUCAGCCGCAUGACGCCUGAGGACCUGACAGCCAUCGGGGUGACCAAGCCUGGGCACAGGAAGAAGAUCGCCUCGGAGAUCGCCCAGCUGAGCAUCACCGAGUGGCUGCCCAACUACAUCCCGGCGGACCUGCUGGAGUGGCUGUGCGCGCUGGGGCUGCCGCAGUACCACAAGAAGCUGCUGAGCAGCGGCUACGACUCCAUGGGGCUGGUGGCCGACCUCACCUGGGAGGAGCUGCAGGAGAUCGGCGUCAACAAGCUUGGUCAUCAGAAGAAGCUCAUGCUGGGGGUGAAGCGUCUGGCCGAGCUGCGGCGCGGCCUGCUGCACGGGGAGGCCCCAGGCGAGGGCGGCCGCCGCCUGGCCAGGGGCCCAGAGCUGAUGGCCAUCGAGGGGCUGGAGAAUGGGGACGGACCUGCUGCGGCUGGCCCACGCCUUCUCACCUUUCAGGGCAGCGAGCUGAGCCCAGAGCUACAGGCAGCCAUGGCUGGGGGUGGCCCAGAGCCACUCCCCCUGCCCCCUCCCCGCUCCCCAAGCCAGGAGAGCAUUGGAGCUCGCUCACGAGGGUCUGGCCACUCACAGGAACAGCCUGCCCCUCAGCCCAGUAGUGGAGACCCCAGCACCCCACAGGAAAGGAACCUUCCGGAGGGCACAGAGCGGCCCCCUAAGCUUUGUUCCCCCCUUCCUGGCCAGGGGCCUCCUGCUUAUGUCUUUAUGUGCCCUCAGGGCUCACCCUCCAGCCCCGCCCCAGGGCCACCUCCGGGUGCACCCCGAGCCUUCUCGUACUUGGCUGGCCCCCCUGCUGCUCCUCCAGACCCGCCUCGGCCCAAGCGCCGGUCCCACAGCCUGAGCCGCCCGGGCCCGGCUGAGGGGGAGGCCGAGGGGGAGGCCGAAGGGCCGGUGGGCAGUGCCUUGGGCAGUUACGCCACCCUCACCCGGCGACCAGGACGCAGUGCCCUAGCCCGGACCAGCCCUAGCCAGACCCCAGUUCGAGGAGCUCCCCGUAGCCAGUCCUUUGCCCUUCGGGCCCGACGCAAAGGCCCCCCCCCACCUCCUCCAAAGCGCCUCAGUUCUGUCUCUGGCCCCACCCCGGAGCCACCUCCACUAGAUGGAAGCCUCGGGCCCAAAGAGGGGGCCCCCGCGCCCCGAAGGCGAACACUGAGUGAACCAGCUGGCCCAUCAGAGCCCCCGGGCCCACCUGCCCCAGCGGGCCCCGCAUCAGACACGGAGGAAGAGGAGGAUCCGGGGCCUGAGGGGACACCCCCAUCCCGGGGCAGUUCAGGGGAGGGGCUCCCGUUUGCAGAGGAGGGGAACCUGACUAUCAAACAGCGGCCCAAGCCGGCCGGUCCCCCAUCCCGCGAGACGCCAGUGCCCACCGGCCUCGACUUCAACCUCACAGAGUCAGACACUGUUAAGCGGAGGCCCAAGUGCCGGGAGAGAGAGCCGCUGCAGACGGCGCUUCUGGCCUUUGGAGUGGCCACCGCCAUGCCCAGCCCCUCUGUCCCCAUGCCCUCCCAGACCCCCAGCGAGUCCCCUGUGGCUUCUCCCAGCCCUCCUCAGCCAGACCCUAGCAGCCUUCCAACUCAAGGAGCUCCAGCCCCUCUUGCUCCCAGCCCUCCAAGCCAGCCCUCCAAGCCCCCCUGCCCCGGGCCAGCGCCGGAGAACUCGGCAGGCCAUCGGCAGCGUGGGGAACCGGAGCCCCCCGCUCCGCCCGCCGCCCUCAUCAAGGUGCCCGGAGCAGGAACAGCUCCCAAGCCUGUGUCUGUGGCCUGCACCCAGCUGGCAUUCUCUGGCCCUAAGCUGGCUCCCCGACUUGGCCCCCGCCCUGUGCCGCCUCCACGUCCAGAGAGCACGGGGCCUGUGGGCUCCGGCCAGGCCCAGCAGAGACUGGAACGGACCAGCUCGUCCCUCGCAGCCGCACUGCGGGCCGCAGAGAAGAGCAUUGGCGCUGAGGAGCGAGAGGGCCCCCCCAGCACCUCCACCAAGCACAUUCUGGAUGACAUCAGCACCAUGUUCGACGCCCUGGCUGACCAGCUGGAUGCCAUGCUGGACUGAGCUAGACCCACCUGCAGCGUCCAUUGCCUUUGCCCCAGCACAGAAGUUCCUGCCGCCCCAGCAGGGUCCCUCCUGCUGCUCCAAGCCAGUAGCUGUCAGCACUGCAGUUCCAGGGGAGCAGCCCCCCGGGGGGGCCAAGGGAGCUUGGCAGAACCUGAUAUCUCAGCGGAACCCCUCCCAGUGUAUAACCUGAGCAAAGAGCCCUACCCUUUGGUCAGGGACCCUGGUAAGAGCUUCCGCCCAGGGAGAAAGGUGAUGGCAGAGCUUCUCUGCCCCCCCCCCCCCCCCCGCCCCCCACAAGUGUCUCAAGUUCCUGUGCCAAGGUCCUCUUGCCACCUGCUGUGCUGUCCGGGUGCAGAGGCUGGCGGAGCGGUGUGUCUGGCCGGGUCCCCGCAGGUGUACAUAGGACAUGUAAAUAAACCAUCAGGGGCCUGCUUGCCGGAGGGGGCAGUGCCCAGGCCAGACACCGGUUCCUCCCCUGCCUGCCCCAGUGAGGCAAAGCUGGCGGGGGUGGGGGCAGUGGGAUUAACAGACCCCCAGAGUCCAAACUUUUUCAACUGUAAAUGUUAUUUUUUAAGCAGAGAGAAAUGCAUAUAUUUUAAAUGGAAUUUAUUCUAUAACUGCCUGAGAAGACGCAGUGGGGAGGGGCUUCCGGCCACAGCAAGAGUGCCCACUGCCCAGCCUGACCUGGUUGGCGGGCCCUGGCUCUGUAAAUUAACCUCUUACCCAAACUAACGCCAAUGAAAGUGUCAUUCCACGUGAUCGCUGUGUGUUUGGGUCUGUGCCGCGGACCUCGGCGGGAGCCCUGGGCUCUGUCGCUGUG